UAAGAUGGGUGCAUGGGAAGACUGGCACUCUAUCAAAUGGAGCACUCACUAGUGCAUUGUGUGGUUUUGGUUGUCUUUUUGAUUAUCAGAGGAGAGCCCGUGCUUGUUUUUCACCUUAACAUAAUGGGAAUUUCUUUGUAAUGUGAGGGUAAAAGCAAGGGUGCUGCAGAGAUAUACUAGAGUGCUUCUGGAGCUCCUGCAUGUUAAUGACUUGAAAGUGUGUCUUGGUGCCUUGUGAAGGAGGUACAGGAUGGCUUACAACGUGACUCUGAAUGGACCUGGACCAUGGGGCUUCCGACUGCAGGGGGGCAAGGACUUCAACAUGCCCUUGACAAUCUCCAGAGUGCAGUACAAGCAGCUGCAAUAAGAUCUUUCAUACACUCCACCCACAAUUCCCUGGAGUUCAUGUGUCCUAAAGACAACCUGGAAAGGAGGCAGGACACUCUGAUCACCCCUGGCAGCAAGGCAGCACAGUCACAGAUGAACCAAGGGGACCUUGUGGUAGCCAUCGAUGGAGUCAACACUGACAGUAUGACCCACUUAGAGGCUCAGAACAAGAUCAAGUCCGCCAGCUAUAACCUGAGCCUCACUCUUCAGAAAUCUAAACGCCCAGUGCCAGUUUCAACCACAGCACCCAAAAUUGACUCUCCCAGAGCUGUAAUUCCCCACCAGAAGGAACCUGCUUGGGAAAUCAAUGACAACAGAACAACCUUCAGUCCUCUAACUAACACGGCGACUGGGCCUAUGGGUAGUGUUUUAGCAACCAAUGGAACAUUUUCAGGCUACCUCAACAAGCAAGAGAUCAGCUUUUCAAAUAGCUCUUCCUACUUAAAGACUACCACUGUUAGAUCUUCCAUGUCCUCUCAGUCUGUGACUCCUGACAUUUCACCUGCAAAGAGUAAUCUAGAUUCAAAACUAAGCCCUGCCUUGGCUGAUGGCAAUAGUCCUGUACACCAGCUGAGCCCUGCAAGGCAGUAUAACAACCCUAUUGGCCUUUACUCAGCAGAGACUCUAAGGGAAAUGGCUGAGAUGCAUAAAUUAAGUCUCAGACGAAGGGCUUCAGAAGGUGGACUUCCUAGAGGUACCCUUCCUAUUAAAGAUCCUCACGUAGACAGUGCCUCUCCCGUGUAUCAGGCUGUGCUUAAAACUCAGAACAAGCCUGAAGAUGAAACUGAAGACUGGGGUCGCCGUUCUGCCAAUCUGCAGUCUAAGUCUUUCCGCAUCCUUGCCCAGAUGACUGGAACGGAGUACAUGCAAGAUCCAGAUGAGGAAGCCCUGAGGAGAUCAAGAGACAAGGAAAAUGUUGCAGCAGCAUCAGAAAACAGGCCUUCAGCUACUACGCAUGCGCCACAGUAUGUGACCUCAAGUAUUUGGCAUCCUCCUCAGUCAUGCACCAAGGAUGCCAACACUGACAAUGCUAAGCCAGUGGCCUCCAAGGGGUCUGUGAGGCUUGGAGCGGGUACAAGUCAGAGGGAAGCCAGUUUCAUCACUACUGGCCAGAAAGUCCCUCUAACUUCAUCCAGUAAUCAAAGUAUCCCUGUUGAGCAUGCUCCGGUGUCUACCAGCUCUGCCUCUGCUCCUGCACCACAUGCUUCAGCACAUCAGCCUGCUACUGCUGCUCAAAAUACAGCCAGUCUGAUGACACCGCCAGCAACCACUCCCACCUCAGUAGUGCAAGAGUCUUUCUCAUCCUCCUUCCAAAGAGUGCUUGCAGCCCCCAGCUCUAUUUCGCAACCUAAGCCUUUCCUUGGGUCCAAGAACAUGUCAUUAGCAGCUUCCACUAUUUCAUCUGCUAUCUCAUCUCAGUCUAGUAUCAACCGGCAUUCUUCCACCUCCAUCAGCUACCAGUCAAAGAAGAGAAACACAACCCAGUCAUAUACACCAAUGCCUGUUUCUGCAAGCUAUGGUGAAAGUCCUGCUGCUUCUGCUGCUUCAAAACCAAGAGUUAUCACUACUGCCAGCAUAAAGCCCUCUGUCUACCAGCCAGCACCAGCACCAGUUCAUUCCUACACCCCUGCCAACACUGAGCCUGCAAGCCGUCCUCCCUGGGUAACGGAUGACUCCUUUUCCCAGAAAUUUGCACCUGGAAAAACUACCACCACUGUCACAAAGAACAUCCUACCGAGGGGUGCUCCAGUACCAUCUCCUGCCUCAACUUCUGCUUACCCAUCUCCAGUUUCAGCUUCUUCCCAGGCUCCUGCAAUAGCCCGGGGAACAAUUCAGAGGGCUGAGCGUUUUCCAGCCAGCAGCCGAACCCCUCUUUGUGGGCAUUGUAACAGCAUAAUUCGGGGUCCUUUCUUGGUCGCCAUGGGUCGCUCUUGGCACCCAGAAGAAUUCAACUGUGCUUAUUGCAAGACUUCCUUGGCUGAUAUGUGCUUUGUGGAAGAGCAGAACAGCGUGUACUGUGAGCGCUGUUAUGAGCAGUUCUUUGCACCAACCUGUGCCAGGUGCCACACCAAGAUCAUGGGGGAAGUGAUGCAUGCCCUAAGACAGACUUGGCACACGAGUUGCUUUGUCUGUGCCGCUUGUAAGAAGCCAUUUGGGAAUAGCCUCUUUCACAUGGAAGAUGGAGAGCCAUACUGUGAGAAAGAUUAUAUUGCUUUGUUCAGCACAAAAUGCCAUGGCUGUGAUUUUCCUGUUGAAGCUGGAGAUAAAUUCAUUGAGGCCCUUGGACACACUUGGCAUGAUACCUGCUUCAUUUGUGCUGUAUGCCAUGUGAAUUUGGAAGGUCAACCAUUCUACUCCAAGAAGGAUAAGCCACUGUGCAAGAAACAUGCCCAUGCCAUCAAUGUUUAAAAAAAGAUUUGGAAGUCAGUAAUGUUGGGAAAAAGUGAUGACUAACUGGGCAAUUACAAAGUUGAUAUCCAUGACUAGCAUUUCUCUUGGUAAAAGCUAGGAAGUUGAUACUUCUGAAGUUUAAUUUUAAUCUUUCUUAUAAGCAGAACAUGCAUUUGCAUGGUUCAUACAAAAACCUACUGAAUGAAUAAUCAAAAACUAAAGAACUAGUCCAUUUGAAAAUAGAUUAUUAGUGCAGCAGUUUGAAGAAAUAUUGAUUAAAACCUGUAAUAUAAAAUGGAAUAUAGAAAUACAGUUUCAAAUGAACUACCCACUGCGGUUUUACUGCUUAGACCACACACUAGUGUUUAAGAAUAACAGGAAAAGUCCUUUUUGUAAUAACUCAUUUUCUUUCCUACAAAGAAUAAGUGCUACAUGAACAAUAAUAUGUAGAACCAAAGGCCAUAGCUUUCAAAGGGAAAUAAAUAGGCUAGGGUUUUCUCUAUGAAAAGUGUGUGCUAUUCCAUUAUGUUGUGGUGCUACCUCAUAGCAUCAAAUACUUUAGAUUCUUUCCAAAUAAGAAGUUUGCCUUGAAUGCAUAUGUAGCUGGGAAGCCUAGGAGACAAUGACUAACCUAGUUUGAGAACGAAGUGGAAACAGAAUUAACUAACUCCUUCCACACACCCGUAAGAUUGAGAAAAGCCAGUUGGGUCAACCUUGCUAGUGCACUGGGCUUUUACAUGGGUCGUAGAUACCUCACUUUUAAAUCAUAAUGGAAAAGGGCAACUGGCUUUUCCAGCUUGCUCUUAAAUUGAAUGGAAUAGGGCUGGCUGGAAAGGAACUAUGGCUAUUAAUUCAAAACCAGAUUGCCUUUCCUCUUGUGGAAAAAAAAAAACAUGGAAAGUUGCUUUGGUUUCUAAUUCCCAUUGAUAUCAGUGGGAAAUCGCAAUCUACAUCUGAAUCUUCACAUUGAUUAACAAUGACUCACUUCCAUCUACUACAACUAGGAAGUGGUAAAUAGCUUGCAAAAGUUCCCUACUCUAUCCUACAACUUUCAAGUUGCUCAAACGUUUAUCAAACUUUUUUUUUUUUCUCUCCCAAAAAACAAUACUUGUAGUACUGGUAAUGAUUUUGAAUUUUUGAUAUCAAUGACUUUUGCAUUGGAGACAACAGUUCUGUCUAAUAGAAAGUGGACUUAAAAUGGAAACCCUGAUCACUAUUCAAAUUUUAUUGAUUUGUUUAAAUGAGAAUUGUGAUUGUGUGUUGACAGCUUAUAGUACUGACAGUUUUGAAUUAGUAUUGCUGAGGCUGAGUUCUGUGGGCCACAUUCUGGUGCCACCUGCACCCUCUUGUACCUUCUGUUUUGAGUCACCAGGAAUGACUUGUCAUUGUCUGCCUUUUCCUUCCUAUGGGUAAUGCCCAUUUUAAGAAAAUAGGUCUUUUUAGUGAUGAAAAACUACCCAAAGCUUUAGGGAGAAGUGGGGGAAGGAAGAAAUAGAAGAAAAUUGGGGUUCUGAAAUGUGAAUUGUUAGCUUGGAGGCAGUCCACAUCUUGGAAAAAAA